UACAUUAUAUCUAUAUAAACUGAUCCUUACACCCAUCGUAUAGACCGUCAAAUACUUCAAAUCAAUUGAACAUGUUCAUCAAUCACUUAUUGGACAAGAGAAUUUAGGUUUACAGGGCGAGUUGCUGUCACCAAAGAAAAUACAGCGUUCUGUUAGACUGACAAGAGAAAUGAUGGUAAGAAAGUUAUUGAACGGUGAGCUCUCUCCCAAUGAUGAAGAAGAGGAAGAUGAAGAAUUAGAACUACCAAAAAUCUAUCCUUCAAGUUCAAAAAAGAGACGCAUCGAUAGCAGUAGUAGUAAUAAUAUCAACAACAACAACAAUUCCGUUGCUGGCAGCAGUAAUAGCAGUACUAGUAGUAGAAGUAGCAGUAGUAGCAAUAAUAAUAAUAAUAAUAAUAAUAAUAAUAAUAGCAUGAUCCAAGCUUCUGAUUCAUAAACCUAUUUGUGCCAUAGUCUAUUAUCCUUUCUCCUUAAUUUGUAUAUUCUAUAUCCCCCUUUCUCUAAUAAAGUCUACAGCAUAUACUAAUGC